CAAAUGAUAACGCGUCUGUGUCUGCUAUAAAAACCAUGCUCCCAUGUUCCUCCUCAAGAGAUUUCCUGAGUUUCCCUUUGGUUCACACCUUCAACAUGCUGACGCUAAAGCUAAGCGGGAUCCUUUUGCUGCUGAUCCUGUGCCAACAUGGUAUAGAUGCAAACGUGAUCUGUCAAGGAAGAUCUGGGAUCCUCAGAUGUAAUUCUGGAUCAAUAAGGAUUAUUGAAGCCACCUACGGACGGAGCGAUAACACAACAUGUGCUUAUCGGAAACCAGCUUCUCAGAUCUCAAAUACGAACUGCAGAGCACCAGUCACCAGUAUAGUUUCCUCUCGGUGCAAUAGAAAAAAGAGAUGUGUUGUUUCUGCAUCAAACAUUCAUUUCUCUAAUCCUUGUGUUGGAACUUAUAAAUACCUGGACGUGACUUAUCAAUGUCCGACAUGA